CCCGUAUCGUUUAUUUCUUUUUCAUGUUAAUGAAGCGUCGUUACUGAUCUAUAAAGACUGGCUUAUAUUUUGUGAAAUGUUUCAAAGUCGGCUUUAAAUACUGAAAUUGGACUUAUUUAUGGUAAAUUCAGUAUAUAGUAUUACUAAGGCUGUAUUAGAAUUUAGGAGUGCCCGUCACAUCUUGAACUUCCUCAUGGAUGUGUAGUGCGCUCGCAACGAUGUCAUUCAAAAAGCGACAAAGGCUUCACAGAAACUUUACAUUGCAGGGCUAAUUACAAAGGGCGAUGCACAGCACUUCAAGGCUAUGUGGUAGAAUUGGCGCUCAGGAACAACUGGCAGUAUUUUUGGCUCUACCAAGUUAGCAUUAUUCCGAGUCAAGGCGCUAACUACACCUCUGCAUCCAACUCUCAGCACACCAUUCCCGUCAGCAAUGCAUGACUCUGCCUCUCGCAAGUUUAUUGAUCUCAUUUUCAAGACGUCAUCCAAGUGGGCUAAUUGGGACCCGCCGAUCACGAUCAAGGUGGGACACUAUGGGACGAUCGAUAGGAGAACUGGAGUGCUGCAAGUAGAAGGGAAUAUAUAUGACGAACCAUUUCAAGAAUCAUUGAAGCAGCAAGGCUUGACGAUCGAUUUGUCUGAUUCAUCGUGCCAGCCUAUAAAGGGUGCAGUCGAGGAAGACAUGAUCAUGUCCUCGAUUGACGUUAAAAAGGGAGAGAUUUCCCUCACGCCACAUGUCUCCGCUCUCGACUUGGCUUCUGCCUCCUUCAAGGCCGAGUUCCAGUUCCAGCAGGGCAAACGAGGUGCCGUCUUGGUAAUGCACAAGCCGCAGCAGGAAUAUAUUCCUCAGGGCAGGGUUCUGAACAUUAUCCACGAGGCGCGCAAGCUGAGGGAUAAAUAUAUUGUCACUAGCACAUUUACGUGUCCGGGGUAUUAUCUGUACUUGUCCAACAAGUCCGGAGAGAGGGUGGCACUGGCGCUUACUGCUAAUGCACCGGUUGCAGCUGCAAUAGGCGUAUCUGCUGGCGGAGGAGCUUCCGUCGAUUGGUGGACGGACGCCCAAGCAGCGUUUCUCCGAAAGGCAUUUGAUAAGGCUGGACAGUAUCGUUACACGCCUCUCUUCGACCUCAAGCGCAGGCAACCUUGGUUCGAGCGAACAUUCCGUGGGGCGGAGGUGCACCCGACAGAAGAUGAUCUGUGGCCUAAUUGUCCAAUACCAUGGGAUCCUCUUGAUGAGGACGGAAACGAAGAUACCGUGUACGACGAAAGUGACGAGGAGACCUUUUCCCGCCGAUCUGCGGUGGAGGGCCGUUUUCCAUUCGUGUGAUGUACCGAGAGUGAGGCUACAUAAUAUAUGUACUCACCCCUUGAUCAGAUUGUGAUUGCCUGUUAUGUCGUUUAUUUCAUGCAUCAAUUUCUCUUAUAGUUGUCCAUUCCAUAUUGCAUGCUUAUACAAGUGAGUGUUAAAAUUAAA